AUGCUCCUUUGCACCGCGCGCUCCCUGCCCGUCGCGUCGCCACGCGCCACUGUCCGCCUCGGCGUUCAAGACAUGGAAGGGACCGGCCCCGAGACGGGCGGCCAAGUCUUCGACCCGAUUGGCCUGUCCAAGAUCGCGUCGUCCGAGACGCUCGCAUGGUAUCGUGCUGCAGAGCUCAAGCACGGACGCAUCGCGAUGGCCGCCGUCACUGGCUGGGCGUGGGUCUCGUCGGGCGGCCCUCUCUUCCCGGGCUACAUCUCGGUGGAGCAGGGCAUCACCUUCGAGUCCCUCGGCCGCGACGGAUACGCCGCGUGGGACGCGACGCCGGAGAACGGCAAGGCGCAGAUCCUCGGCAUCGUGGGGCUGCUCGAGAUCCUCGGCGAGUCGGCAAUCAAGCCGCACUACAUGGCCGGGGGCACGCCGGGCAAGAUCCCGUUGCUGUGGGACCCGCUCGGCUUCACCGCCAAGCUCUCUUCCGAGGUGCUCGCCGAGAAGCGAGUCUCGGAGCUGAAGAACGGCCGCCUCGCCAUGAUUGGCGUCAUGUCGCUCGUCUCCGCGCACUUCAUCCCCAACUCGGUCCCACUCUUGCCCUGA